GACGCGCCGCUUCAGUCCUUCGAAGAACGCCGCGCUGAAAACAUCCUUCCCUUGGAAGGUCCUCUGUGAACUUAGUGAUAUACUUCACCCAGUGUUGCGAGCGAACUUUCCGUGGACCAAAAGUGAAAAGCACAGCUAAGCCAAGCAACAAGGAUUAAGCCCGAGGCGACGCCAGGAAUAAUUGUAGCAUUGUUUGCCAGCGCCUUUUUAUAAGGUGUUUGACUGUCACGGCGCCGGAAAGUCGAGGAGAAGCGCUUGUGUGCCGGCAUGCGUGCCAGUUAUUUGCAUAAAUUGCCCAUCUAACUCGAGUCCUUUUUUGUGUGCGGUGUGAAUGAAAGAUUGCCAAACAUUCCCGGACCCAAAAAAAAACCAAGUUUCGCGUGACCAUUUAAAUUGCCCUGCAACAAUGGCAGGCUCAAACGUUUUGUGGCCAAUACUCUUGGCCGUGGUGGUGCUCCAGAUAUCCGUGGCAUCCGUGAGUGGAGCGGCCAGUGGUGGGGUAGUCCUCAGCGAUGUGAACAACAUGUUGCGCGACGCCAAGGUGGUGACCCCGGAGAAGAGCGUUCUGCACUCAAAACAGGAAACGGAAGCGCCGGAAUCCAGCGUGGAGCUGCUCCGCUUCGUCGACGAUGACGAGGAUAGCGAGGACAUCAGCUCCAUUGAACGGCAGGACGGCAGGACCAUGGAGAGCAAAAAAAUGGCCGAUCAGGUGCGCCUGCUGACCAAGCAGCUCAACGCCCUGAUGCUGCGGCGCCGCGAGGAUUACGAGAUGUUGGAGCACAAUCUGCGCAAAUCCCUGCGGCUCACCACCAAUGCGAACAGCGAGGACGCCGACAUGCGCAGCGAACUGAACCAACUCAGAGAGGAGCUGGCCGCGCUGCGCUCCUCGCAGAGUGGCAACAAGGAGCGCUUGACCGUCGAGUGGCUGCAGCAGACGAUCUCCGAGAUCCGCAAGCAGCUGGUGGAUCUGCAAAGGACGGCGGGCAACGUGGCCCGGGAUGCGCAGCAGCGCAGCUCCACCUUCGAGGAUCUGGCCACCAUCCGCAGUGACUACGAGCAGCUCAAGUUGGAUCUGGCCGCCCAGCGGGAGCGCCAGCAGCAGACGGAGGUCUACGUCCAGGAACUCCGCGAGGAGAUGGUCCAGCAGGAGCAGGACUUCCAGCACGCCCUCGUCAAGCUGCAGCAGAGGACUCGCAAGGACGCCACUUCCGCCAGCGUGGAGGUGGAGAGCGGUAGCCAGGAAGCCAACCAGGAGGCCACUCAACUUGAAUCCACGGCUGAUCACAAACGCCGCCAUUGCCGUUUCCAGAGCGAGCAGAUCCACCAGCUGCAACUGGCCCAGAGGAACCUGCGCCGCCAGGUGAACGGCUUGCGGUUCCAUCACAUCGACGAGCGGGUCCGUAGCAUCGAGGUGGAGCAGCACAGGAUCGCCAAUGCCAACUUCAACCUGAGCAGCCAGAUCGCUUCGCUGGACAAGCUGCACACCUCGAUGCUGGAGCUGCUGGAGGAUGUGGAGGGCCUGCAGACCAAGAUGGACAAGAGCAUCCCGGAGCUGCGGCACGAGAUCUCCAAGCUGGAGUUCGCCAAUGCCCAGAUCACGUCGGAGCAGAGCCUGAUCAGGGAGGAGGGCACCAAUGCGGCGCGAUCCUUGCAAGCCAUGGCUGUGAGCGUGAGUGUCCUGCAGGAGGAGCGCGAAGGGAUGCGGAAGUUGUCUGCGAACGUGGAUCAGCUGAGAACCAAUGUGGACCGAUUGCAGUCGUUGGUCAAUGAUGAGUUGAAGAAUAAGCUCACCCACCUGAACAAGCCCCACAAGCGACCGCAUCAUCAGAAUCUCCAGCCACAGACGCCGCAGGAUGAUACCCCCAUUGACUCCGUCCUGGCCGAAACGCUGGUCAGCGAGCUGGAGAACGUGGAGACCCAGUACGAGGCCAUCAUCAACAAGCUGCCGCACGACUGCAGCGAGGUGCACACCCAAACUGACGGACUGCAUCUGAUUGCGCCCGCCGGCCAACGGCAUCCGCUGAUGACGCACUGCACCGCCGAUGGUUGGACGACGGUGCAAAGGCGAUUCGAUGGCAGUGCCGACUUCAACCGCUCGUGGGCGGACUAUGCCCAAGGAUUUGGUGCGCCUGGCGGAGAGUUCUGGAUUGGCAACGAGCAGCUGCAUCACCUGACCCUGGACAACUGCAGCCGGCUGCAGGUGCAAAUGCAGGACAUUUACGACAACGUUUGGGUGGCCGAGUACAAGCGGUUCUACAUAUCCUCGCGUGCCGACGGCUAUCGGCUGCACAUUGCCGAGUACUCUGGAAACGCAUCGGAUGCACUGAACUACCAACAGGGCAUGCAGUUCUCGGCCAUCGAUGACGAUCGGGACAUCUCGCAGACGCACUGUGCUGCUAACUAUGAGGGUGGCUGGUGGUUCUCUCAUUGCCAGCACGCCAAUCUCAAUGGGCGAUACAAUCUGGGCCUGACUUGGUUCGAUGCCGCUCGCAACGAAUGGAUAGCGGUCAAGUCAAGCCGGAUGCUGGUCAAGCGCCUGCCCGCCGUUGAGUGCCAGGCGAUUGCCAGUGCUAGUGGCAGUGCCAGUGGCAGUGCCAGUGGCGCCUUUGCUUCCGUUUCCGUUUCCGGUUCGCCUGCUGAUGCUGCGCCGUCGAGCGGUGCAACAACAACAGCAACAGCAGCGCCGGCGACGGCAACGACGCCGAAAACCAACAACAUUGUGGUCCAGUUCGUGGCCGCCGGGCAGGCGUAAGUGAGCUGAUCCCGCCGUUAAACCGAGGGGAUGAAAACCGCUACAGUGAACCACCAGAGCCAUGCCUACUAUAGUUGGGAGUCCACUGUUUGUCUGUGGGAGUUGGAUCUAAGAGAUCGUUAGAUAAGUGUAUAAAAUAAAGGGAAAAACGAGUGUCGAAGGCCCCUCCCCCACUCCGCCCACCCCGUUGUAAAUACUCAGCGCAUAAGUUGUAGCAUUAAUCUUUCAAAUGGAGCUUACUCUGGCCUUAGAGUACACUAGGCGUAUGCGUAAUUUAGUUGGCAGCUGCCAGCCUCGUUUCACCCGUAUAAAUAUUCAAUUCUUUGGUCUUUCAAGAAGAUCUCAUAGAGGCUUAAGUUCCGCGGUAGCAAAAGAAAAACUAAAGCGGGAGCAAAAGAGACGGAGAGAUGGUUAGAGAGAGACAGAGAGAGAGAGAGCAUAUCAGUUUAGUGAGUGCAGAGUUAAUGUCUAGAUAUAAUCGUCCUGUCCCGAAAACUAAAACACAAACUUAACUAGUUGUAACAUGUAAGAGGCCUAAUCUCGAUUAGGCUCAUCUCAGACAAAUAAUAAAUAUACAAAAAGGAGCGCGAGGAAGAGAACUUUCUAGCCUAAGUCACCAUAUCAGUCAUAUGAAGUAUACAAUUCUUAGUUUAGCGUUGGUAAAUGUACUUGUAAUUGUUGUACAAUAUAAUAGGGUAUACGCAUCCGUUUUCCUGCUUACUAAAUAGCUGCUUCAGUCCAAAACCAAACGAUUUCCCUAAACCAACCCAUGGAGUCGCAUGCCAAAGAGAUCAAGUCAGAAAUAGAAACAGAUCAUAUGCAAGUUUUUACGAACUCAAGAAACUGAAUACUAUUUUCUGCAGUUUUGCAUAUACCAAAAAUAAAUAAAACGAACAAAUGAAGUGAGCGAAGGGCAAAAACCAUGAGAGCUAAUAAUGCAUUUAGCCAGUAAGUUAUGAACUAUAUUAUGUAUACAUUAAUUUUAUGUCCAGUAAGUUAAGCUAACUAAAAAAGAAAAAACAGAAAGCUUGGCCCUUAGACCGGCGUAUUUUACAAUAAAUGGAUUGAUGUGAAAAGAAAAACCCGAA